AGUUUUCUCUUGAAGUGGAAUCAGAGAUCGACGAAACACAAUGUCGAGGAUCGAAUCAAAGAAGAAGCACAUCAAGACGGUUCAUCAGAAACGCAAGUUAUUUAGGGCUAAGGAACCGCUGCUUAGUGUUUUCAUGUGGGGCAUCAAUCAUUCAUUGAACGAAUUAGCACAUGUUAACCCACCGGUAAUGCUUAUGCCAGAUGACUUUAAAGCAUCAAGCAAAGUUCGCGUAGAUAAUCAUUUAUUUAACAAGGAGAAUAUGCCAAGCCAUUUCAAAUUCAAGGAGUAUUGCCCACUGGUAUUUAGAAAUUUAAGGGAAAGGUUUCAUGUAGAAGAUCAACAAUAUCUAAAUUCGCUUACGAAAUUGCCUCCGAUCGAUCUGGAAAGUUCGACCAGUGCUAAAGGCGCCACUCGCCGCUUUAAUUCUUGGGACGGUUUGUUUUUAGUGAAGACUAUCGAAUCAUAUCAGGUGGCGGAAGUCCAUAAUGUGAUCAAAGCCUAUCACGAGUAUAUCGUCGAAAGGCACGCUGAUACUUUACUGCCACAAUACAUGGGAAUGUAUCGAGUAACUGUGAAUGAUGCUGAAACGUAUUUAAUAGUUAUGCGAAACAUAUUUAGUCCUAGAAUGACGAUACACAGAAAGUACGAUUUAAAGGGAUCGACAGUUGAUCGACAAGCAAGUGAUAAAGAAAAGAGUAAAGAUCUUCCUACAUUUAAAGAUAACGAUUUUGUCAAUGAUGGUGUACAAUUAAUUGUUGGCGAAAAUGCCAAACAACGUAUUAUGGAAGUUUUGAAAAAGGACACAACAUUUCUCACCGAUCAAAACCUAAUGGAUUACAGUAUGUUACUUGGAAUUCAUGAUAUUGAGAAGGCUGAGAUAGAGAGGGAAACUCGGGAACGCGAGGCUGAAGAGGGAGAAGAUGAAUGCUUCAGUUCAGAAGAAGAUUGUUUAGGUGCACAUACAAAUACUCCACCGGAAUCGCCUAUUUCUCCAGGAAGACUUCAAUAUUCCGAGAGCGUAGAAAAUCCCCUUCAAGAUGAUAUUUAUGGGAUUCAAUGCGCUGGGGAGGGAAAGAAAGAAAUUUAUUUUUUGGCUUUAAUUGACAUUCUCACCCAUUACGGCAUGAAGAAAAGGACGGCUCAAGCGGCCAAAGCUGUAAAACAUGGAGCCAAUGCCGAAAUUAGUACAGUCAAACCUGAACAAUAUGCGAAACGUUUUUUGGAAUUUAUCGAUAAAGUCUUGUCGUAG